AUAAACUAGGAGAUACUAUUUUCUGCUUUUAAUGAGUCCACUCUGUGCACAUGAGAAGCAGACAUUCGGAAAGAAAAUGUAUGAAGAGCCGCGGCCUUUGUCACGCGCUUAUUCCGCCGCCCAAUUCUUUUCAGUUCUAGUCUUCCAUAAAACACUCAAUACACACACUUGCCUGCUGCAUGUGAGCCGCGCAGGAAGGAGCAGGCUGUGAAGGGGCGGGGGAGGAAGGGGGCGCGAGACAUAAAUAUUGGGCAGCAGCAGCCACCAGCAUCAUUCCAGCACCAGCUUUGCCCUAACUACCUUACCUGCCUGCCUGCCUGCCUACCAACCUACAGAACAAGAUGCGCAGCGGUGUGUUCGUGGCCGUGAUGGUGCUGGUGGUCCUCGCUGCCCUCCUCACCCAGGGGCAGGAGCUUCAUAUUCCCGAGCGUGAGGCCGUGGCCACCUUGGCGGCACGCAUCCUGAAGGUGGUCCACGCCCCGCAGGAGGCCGCCGCAGGUCUCCCUCACAAGCGCAACUCUGAACUCAUCAACUCGCUGCUCGGCCUCUCCCCGCUGAUGAACGAGGCCGGCAGACGGUGAUGGGCGAGCCCUUCGCUCCCUUCCCUGCUGCAGGCUGAGGCGGGUCGUCGCCGCCCUGCUGCAGGCCUGUCCCUUCCACCACGCCUCGCAUCACAUAUUUAAAGAAUAAACUUUAUAUUUUAGCAACAACAAAAGUUGUGUUUUUCUUAUC